ACUCCUAUCCAUGGCUAUUUCUAGAGUGUUGUGCAUUGGCUUUCUUCUUUUUGUGGGGUUAGGGUUAGCUUCGGCUGCCCGAACUCUUCUUGAUUAUGAUCCACGUGCACGUCGUUAUGAUUACGAUCGUCCUACUCCAAGAGUAGGAUACGAUCCAAGCCAUCGUGAUCAAUCCUAUGAUAAUGUAUAUGGUGGAAGCUCUAGCAGAGGAUAUGGAGCUGGAGACUCUGCUCUUGGAGGUUCGGGACGAUAUGAAGGUGGUGGAGGACGUGAUUACGGACAUGGAGGCCGAAAUGAUGAUCGUGGUGUUGGAUAUGGAGGUCGAAAUGAUGAUCGUGGUGCUGAAUAUGGAGGUAGAAAUGAUGAUCAUGGUGCUGGAUAUGGAAGUCGAAAUGAUGAUCGUGGUGUUGGAUAUGGAAGUCGAAAUGAUGAUCGUGGUGUUGGAUAUGGAAGUCGAAAUGAUGAUCGUAGUGUUGGAUAUGGAGGCCGAAAUGAUGAUCGUGGAGUUGGAUAUGGUAAUGGUGGUGGAUAUGGAGGUGUAGGAGGACAUGGUGAUGGUUAUGGUAACAAUGGUGGUGGAAGCUAUGGAGAUCGUUAUGGCCCUUCUCUUGGAGGUUCAGGAAAAGGAAGUAACAAUGGCUAUAACGAUCAUUCUCGUGGAAAUGGAGGACGUGACAGUGGCUAUGGAGAUUCACAUGGACAUGAAGGACGUGAGAGUGGAAAUGGAAGCGGUGGAGGAGUUAGUGGUGGCUAUGGUAAUGGAGGAGUACAUGGAGGAGAGUAUGAUAAUAGCAAAGGAAGUGGAGAAGAAGGGGGUAAUGAUGGUGGAUAUGCUGUCAAAAAUUCUAUCUCAAAGGAGAAUUGAGAAUUCCUCUUUUUCAAGUAAUGAACCCAAUAUCAUAUUAUGUUAACGAGAAAUAAAGAAAUUGGGUGAGAGAAUGUUGUGUUUUAAAUUUAUGUUGAAUUUUCUUUGAAUAAUUCGAAUCAAUAGGUACAAUGAUAAUCAAAUUUGGAUUAUGUUUGUUGUGACAAAUUGACUGUA